CCUGCACGUUGCUGCCUGCGCGCCGACAAACCAUGAACGCCACCGCGCUCGCCUCCUGCUGCUGGUGCGACCUCGCCACGCCGCCGUCCGCGUGGACGACGGCGGCGGGGCCGGGGCUGGCGCUCCACCGGCUCGUCUUCUCGGACGAGUUCAACGAUCCGAGCCGCUCGUUUGCAAACGGCGAGGAUCCCAAGUGGACAGCGCUCCACGUCGCCGACACCGCCAACGAGGGCAAGACGGUGUACCUGCCGGAGCAGGCGACCGUGGCGCUCGACCCAGAGGAGCCCGGCGUGUCGGCGCUGCGCAUCGCCACCGUGUACGAGCGCACGACCGGCCCGGACCCGAGCGGCACGCGUCAGAUCACGAUGCCGUUCCGCUCGGCGAUGCUCCAGUCGUGGAACAAGUUUUGCUUCACCGGCGGCGUCGUCGAGUUCCGCGCGCGCAUGCCGCACGGAAGCGGCUACUGGCCGGCGCUCUGGCUGUUUGGCAACCUCGGCCGCGCCGUGUACCAGAGCUCCAACACGGGCCUCUGGCCGUGGUCGUACGACGAGUGCGACGCCGACCUCGCCCUGGCGCCAGACUCGCCGCCGCAGCGAAUCAGCGCGUGCGACGACCACGACCUCGAUGUCGACGGGCUGCACCCGUUCCAGGGGCGAGGCGCGACCGAGAUCGACGCGGCCGAGGUGGCCGUCCGGUCGCCGUCCGCAACGUCUUACGCCGUCUUCUCGCUCCAGAUCUCGCCCGCGGUGCCGGCCUACUUCAAGCCCGCCAUCGGCUCCCUCCCGGCGCAGCGCGGCCCCGGCAGCUGGUACUCUGGCCUCAAGUACGGCGACGGCAUCGCUGGCAAGGGGUGGUACGGGCCGCCUUGGGGCGCCUCUUGCCCGACGGGCUGCCCCGACACGAUCUCGGCCUCGGUCGUCGACGACGUCUUCGACGAGCGCUACCGCACCUACCGCGUCGAGCUCCUCGGCGGCGGCGGCGGCGAGGGCGGCUCGCUUCGGUGGCUGCUCGACGGGCGGCUCGUCUGGAGCCUCGACGAGUCUGCCCUCGGCGCGUAUGCGGUCGACACCUCGGCGCAGCGGCCUGGCGAGGCGGGGGGGGAGGCGGGCAGGGAGGCGGCGAGCCGGCGCGAGCGCACGCCCGCGCGCGCCUUCCCUCGCGAGCCGAUGGCGCUCAUCGUCAACUCCGCCAUCGGGACGUGGAACGGGGGCUACGGCGCAAUCGACGCGCCCGCCGACGGCGGGCCGAUCGGGACCGCGUUCCACGUCGACUGGGUGCGCGUGUGGCAGUCGGAGGUGAACGUCGGCUGCGACCCGCCCGACUACCCGACGGCAAAGUACAUCCGCUCGAACGAGUGGCGGUACGGCCCCGACGCCUCGCCGCUCGGCAGCGAGACUUGCCCGGAGAUCUACCCCGAGUCGGCGCACCGCCACGCCGAGCAGAUUGUGGCGCGCGCGGGCGAGCGGCGCCUCGCGGCCGCCGCGGUCGCCGCGGCGCGCCGGGCGCGCAACUUGCCCGCCUUCAACUGGUCUCGGUGGGAGGAGGUGAUGGAGCAGGGGGAGGCGCGCGCGGCGAUGCAGCUCAAGGCCGCGCUGUGGACCCCGGCGGGCUGCGUCGGCGAGGGGGGGCAGGUCGCCGCGCCGGCCCGCGGUUCUGCGCCGCCGGCAAAGGGCUGCUGCGCCGGGCUGCUCGCCUGCGACGAGACGCCCGGCUGGAGGGAGGUGUGCGGGGCGGAGUCCGCGGGCUUUGGCGUCUCGUGCUUUGCCGCCGUGCACGUCUGCCGCCCCGGCUGCCCCCCGUCGCACGCCACGAGCCCGGAUUUGGGAUGCGCGCCCUCCUCGCUCUGGUCGGAGCUGCUCCUGCUGGCACCGCCGGCCGACUCGCGCACCCUCGCUCUCCUCGCGGCGGUUGCCUGCGCGGCUGUGGCGGCCCGCCGCCUGCGCAGCCAACCCGAGGCCGCGGUGAGGCUGGUGUGAGGGCUCGCGUGUGUGGGCGGCGGCGCUGAGGGUGUGACAACUCUGCGCUCCUCGUGUCACGUGUGGUUCGGUUCACGGUUUGUUUCCUCCUUCUUUUGUUGGUGGAAACGGUGCUUUGAAAAAAGAAAGAACGGGAAGAAAGAAAA